CGGCAGCGGCAGCGGCAGGAGCGGUCGGGUCUCUCGGGCCAUAAGCGCAGCCUGUGGCGACGCAGCUUGCCGAGGAGGGAGGCCGGCGAAGCGCCGGGCGCAGCCCCGCAGGCACUGAAUGGCUUUUUGUCCACCGAUGGCUCCUGUGGUGGCAGCUACUAAGUUUUCUCCUGAUUCCCAGCUGAAACACCAGAAGAACAGCUUUCAGCAUGGAUUCAUACUUGACAAAGAGGAAAGUUUAAAAUAUCUCUAUGCACAAAAGAACCAAAGAUACUCCCAUUCUAUGUCUGCAGAAAGCAUUCAAGACAGGCCCAAGCAUGGAGGCUUCUGGUCAGGUGGACUAGAGAGCAAGUAUCUCAUCAGCCAGGUCUGUACUCAGUCAGCUAAAUCAUUAGGCAGACAAAAAGAAGGAGUGGACCGUGCAUAUCCCCUGCAACCAAUUUCUCACCACCAGAGGGCAAGAACUCCACUACUCAACACUGGAAGUUCCCCAUACGUGCAGGAAGCUCCAAAUACUAGAUCAAGCUCAUUAAGCAAAGGGAUGGUUCCAGCAAGGAUGUCUCAGUUAGCUGCAGUGCUCUGCCCUUGGGCAGGAGAGCCUGAACCAUCCGCUCCCUAUCUGUACAGGACAGAGCCGGCCCACAUCCUAAAGCUGGAGGCAGAUGGAAGGAACCUAGAAGAGGCAAUUCAAAAGAAAAAGGCCCUUCUUGGAGAGAAGCUAAAGAGGACAGAGGAGACGCUUAGGAGGGUUCAAAAAGAGAAAGAGCUUACCAAGGUAGAGGAGAGAACAGAAAGUGAAGUGGAGAGGACCAAUGAGCAAAAGGCCACAAGGCACCCUGAAGAGAAAACUUUCAGAGCUGCAGAGAGGCCAGAUGUUGACGUCUUCGGUGGGGCAAAGUUCACUGUCCCUAAGCCCGACACCAAUCUCCACCCCCAAGAGCUGGCUGUGGGGAAACUCGAGGAGUGGGUGGUGGCCGCAAAAUACAACAAAACAAACAACAGCAAAAUACGAGACAGCAAACCCACAGAGCAUUCAGCUUCUUGUUCAAAGCUGGCCCCAAAACAUAGCCUUUCUCUCUCUGCCUUCUCAGACCAAGAUUCUGAUGACCACCCAUCUGCAGAGGUGCUAUACAUGCAGGCUGCCAGUGCUGUGGAGCAGGAGGAGUUUGGACAGUGCAGCUUCUGCAAACGCAAGUUUCUCUGCACAAGGCUUGAGAAACAUAUGAGUGUCUGUGGCAAGAACCAAGACUCCAAGAGGAAAGUGUUUGAUUCCAGAAAGGCCAGAGCUAGGGGAACAGAACUGGAACAGUAUCAGCAGUGCACAAGCUCAAGGAGUCCUCAGAGUAAAACACCACCCAGAAAGAACAACUGGAAACAGAAGCACGAGGCUCUCGUCCACAUCAUGUCACAGGCCCGCCAGGUGCAGCAAAUCCUCGCUAAGGGGAGGAAGGUGUCUGACCUGCCCCCAUUGCCUCCCAUUGAAAAUCCAGACUAUGUUGCCUGCACCUACUGCGGACGCAAGUUUUCUCCCCGAGCAGCUGAGAGACAUAUUCCCAAAUGCAAAAAUAUAAAGAAUAGGCCCCCACCUCCACCACAGAAGAGACACAGUAUUCUUAUAAGAUAAGUCAGUGCCCAGCUGUACCUGUUGCUGGGAUUCCCUGCCUGUUUUUCGCCAGACUCACAGCUAUAGACAUUUCUGGUUUUGGCAAUCUCAACACUGGCUGCAAGCUUCUAUGCACAGCAAGUGAACAGCUCAGGAUGAAUAAGCUGAAUAACAGAAAUUGUAUACUUUGACUUGGAACUUUUCCUCAGCACAAGAAGCUCAGGAUCAGAAAUUCCAUGGGUUAGAAAAGCUAGCAAUAGCAGGUGCUUACUGUCUGACUCCUUCUGUCAGUUCAUGUGCAUGGAACAGUGAUACUCUGAAUCACCCAGGCCCUUGAGGCAACAGAACAACUAUCACAAUCAGAUUUGAUAUUUUAAAAAAUGGAGUUUUCCUGCAGGCCAAGUUGCUAGGAACCCCCCCCCCAAAAAAAAAAAAGCUAGCUCAAGCAUCCUUAAGUCAUCUGCUUAUAUUCAUUUUGGUUACUGCAGUGGUAGGGAAAUAUGACAAAAACAUAUCCCUUCUUUUCUUCUCAAGAUGUUAUUUUUCUAGAUUCUGAUUAUUAAAUAUAUUAAACUAGUUCUCUUGUGUAAAAGUUAUUUUAAAUGGUCAUAGAGUGGUCUGUGUUCUCACAGUAAGAAUGACUACUUUGUAUGAAAGUUGCAAGCAAACAAGGAAUAAAAAAACUCCAGCAGCUCCUUUUGCAAGUUCUCCAGUAGCAAUAGCAGCAGCUCAUGGGAACCUAGGGAAAGAUGUAAAGCAACUAGAUUAAGCUGGAAUAGUCAGAAGUUGAAUAUGAUGAAAUACUCCAGCCUUCAGUGAGUGAAGCUGACUCCUGAAAGAGGUUGGAAAGCUUCUGUCCUAUAGAUGCAUGAGAAGAAAUCUCAAUUCUUUGGCACACCCUGGAAAAGCAUGAAGGUCCCAGAAAGGAUCACUGCUGCACUGUGCCAGCCAAUGAUAUGUGUACAAACCUGAGAGAAAAAGCAGACUCAAAAGAAGGGAAAAUAGUUUUCUGUGUCCGAACUGAUUGGAGAAGCAAGACCAAUGCUUUAACUUCAGGGUUUUGAAAAAGAAGAUAGCAAGAGGUGUCAAAAGGUAGGAAUUACCUAAUUCCUGGAAAGGGGUAAACUGAAACCUUUAUGCCAGCCUCCUUGAAUUCAUGAAAGGUGUAAGUGAUUUGAACACACUGGUUUAAAAAUUCAGCACCACUGCCUGUCUUCUAUAUUAACUCUGCUUCCCUUGCACUAUGUUUUAUUGACAAUAUUUAGUGGACCCCAAAGGUCAGCAGUGUAAAUGCUGACAUGUGGAUACACACAGAAAAGGAUUCGAUGUUGUAAAAUAAACCCGUGUAUGGGGGACUUCUCACUGACAGGCAAAUGGCUAACACUGAGAUUGAGAAGACUGAAACUGUAGAUUAAACAAAAGUUAUUAAAUCA